UCAGCGGAAAGGAAAAGCCAAAGCGCGGAGGGGGAGGCCCCUGUGGCUCGACUUCCUGCGUGGGCUUCGCGCUUUACACCGGGGUUGCGGUCCGGGCACCGCGCUUAGGAGGAGAACAGCCGCUUCCCUGCCGCUCUCAUGCUGCGACCCGACGGCUGCCUCUUGCUGCUGCCGCUGCUCUUCCUCCUGGCGCCGGGGCCCGCCGAGGGGAAGGCGGAGGCGGCGGCCGAGAGGCUGAGCCCCUACUUCGGCACCAAGUCCCGCUACGAGGAGCUGCACCCGGAGCUCCUGCGGGACCCGCUGUCGCUCGGGCCGCCGCAGCCGGGCUUCCCGCUGCCGCCGGCUUCCUGCGCCCCACUGCAGCUCGGCGCCGUCUUCCGCCACGGCACCCGCUUUCCGACGCGCAAGCAGAUCCAGAAGCUGGGCCGCCUCCACGGACUCGUCCAGGGAAACGCCGGGAAAUGCAACGCCAGCGCCGCCUCCCGCCUGGCGCGCUGGACCAUGUGGCUCCGGCCGGACAUGGACGGCAAGCUGGCCCCUCGGGGGCGCCGCGACAUGGAGAUGCUGGCCAGGCGCCUCGCCCGCCGCUUCCCCAGCCUCCUGGCCCGGAACCGACGCUUCGCCUUCGUCAGCAGCUCCAAGCACCGGUGCCUGGACAGCGCCGCUGCCUUCCGCGAAGGGCUCCGGCAGGCGCUCGACGGCCAGCGGCAGGGCACGUCCCAAAAGCAUGCCACGACAACAGAAGGAAUUGAAACCAACGACAAACUGAUGAGGUUUUUUGAUCUAUGUGAAAGAUUUGUUAAAGAUAUAGAAGACAAUGAUACGGCUAUGCAUGAGCUGGAUGCCUUCAAGGAAGGUCCUGAGAUGAAGGAAGUAGUGGGGAAAAUCGCAAAUACCUUGUGUCUACCAGUGAAUGACUUAAACGCAGAUUUGGUUCAGGUGGCAUUUUUCACUUGCUCAUUUGAGCUGGCCAUAAAAAACAUUAGCUCCCCCUGGUGUUCGCUCUUCAGUGAAGAAGAUGCCAAGGUACUUGAAUAUCUGAAUGAUCUGAAGCAGUACUGGAAGAGAGCUUAUGGUUAUCCUAUCAACAGCCGCUCCAGCUGCAUUCUUAUGCAGGAUAUCUUCAAACAUUUGGACCAGGCUGUUACAGAGAGUAAAAGUUCGAAGCCUAUUUCCUCUCCCGUGAUCCUCCAGUUUGGACAUGCAGAAACCCUUCAACCUCUCCUUGCUCUCAUGGGCUACUUCAAAGACGAAGAGCCUCUUAAAGCUAACAACUACCACAGGCAGAUGCAUCGGAAAUUUCGUAGUGGCCGCAUCGUCCCUUAUGCCGCAAACCUGUUGUUUGUGCUUUAUCACUGUGAUCAAGCCACAAGUCCAAAGGAAGAGUACAAGAUCCAGAUACUGCUCAACGAGAAGCUGCUGCAAUUUCCACACACGGGAGAAACAGUUGCUUUGUACACCGACCUGAAAAACCACUAUAAUGAAGCCCUCCAAAAUUGUCACUUUUCCGAAGUGUGCGACAUGCCAAAAAAUACUACUGAAGGUGAUCUGUAUAUAAAGGGGACAAAGUAGAGGAAGCGUUUUUGUGUGUGGAAGUGUUUGAUAAAAUGUAGCUCUUUUGCUCUUGCUACUUUUUAGGAAGAUGUACCAUUACACUUUAAAAAAACAACUUCAUAAACUGGUUUCUGAAAUUCAAAAACAAAAUUACAAAAACAAAGAUAUAGGACAUCUCAAAACAUUCAGAUAAACUUCUGAAGCUGUUUCUGGAAAAAAGCUGCCUUUUCUAGGAUCAAGAAUGAUCUAGGUGUAACCACAUGGUAUUUGGCAUGCAGUUUACUUCAUAGCUAUGCCAGUUAUUUAAUGUGAAUAGUUUGGAAGUUAUUGUGGAUCUCAAUUGCUGCUUCACUGGAAUAUUCACUUGUGAAUACAGCCUAUUAUGUACAAACAUCUCCUAAGUACAAACAUCUCUUAUAUAAGAUUCCAGGUGGUUUUCAUGGUUAUGUUUUACAAAAAUAAUUGGUUUUUGCCAAGUAUUUUGGAGACCUUGCAUAAAAGGUUGCAUCUAGUUAAGUUAUACUAAAAUAGUCCACUGAAAUAAUGGACUUUACUAAUUACUGAUUUUAGUGGGUCUGCUCUGAAUAUGACCUAAUUGCGCACAACCCCCAAAUUGUAAAUCAAUAGGAGAAUACCAGUGCUGCUUAAUCUAUUUUCAUAAUUCAGUCUUUUUUGUGUUUUGUUUUGGUAGCUUUCGCCCAGCAAUAAUGUGGUUCUGUGGCUGCAAAAAGAGGGGUGGUACAUUUGCCAAUUGGGCAGAUGCCAAUCUGUGAUGGGCAUUUAGGUAUUCCAUAAUAAUAACAUUGAAGAGAAGGGGGUCACUGCUUUGAGUUCAGUUUCAAAAAGAACAAAAUUACUCAGCCAGAGAGAGCACAGUCGUACCUUGGAAGUCAAACGGAAUCCAUUCUGGGAAUCUGUUUGACUUCCAAAAUAUUUGGAAGCCAAAACAUGGCUUUUGAUUGGCUGCAGGAAGCUCCUGCAGCCAAUCAGAAGCCCCGUCAGAAGUCCGGCUUCCAAAAAUAGUUUGCAAACCGGAAUAGUCACUUCUGGGUUUGCGGCGUUCGGGAGGCAAAACAUUCAAGAACUUAUCUGUUCAGAAACUAAGGUACGACUGUAGUUCAUAGUGCACAUUUUAAAGAGGAAAUCCAUGAUGCUUUAAUAUGGUUCCCCCUUUAAAUCCAUUCUUGGGGGUGGUUUCCAUAUGUAAACUGUAAAGAGACUGCUUUUCCCAACUAAAUAUAUUCAAUCAUGCAUUGAAGCAGGAAUUAGGUUUUUCAGAAUUGAAAAUAGUAUUAUCACCUCAGUCUUGGCUUUUUUUGGUCUGUUUCUCUAUAGCUUUUUUUCAUUCCUAUGAACCAUUCCUUGAAACCGGAGUGUUGUUUUUUUAGUGGGGCACUAUCUUGGAUACAGUAUUGCUAAACACUUUGAAGAUUUUGGUUUUGGUUUUUACCAAGAGUUGCUACUAAAAAAAACCAUGCUUUUAAGAAAAAUAAUAAAGAACAAAUAUCCAUAAAAGGGACUGCAUCAUGGUUAUACAGUGUGCAGCGUAUCUCUGUGUUAAAUUGCUGGUCUAUAACGUGAGAUGCCAUACACCACCAUUUUGAAGGGAGCUCUUUCUAAAGAGAAGGUUAUACUGACAAUUUUGGGGGGUGGGGUAGGGAGGGGAGGUUCUUGAUUGGGAGUGUCAGGUGAACAAACCUGUAAGGAUAGGUCUGUUGACACUGUAGUCCCGUCUAUCUAAUUCCACAGGAUAAACGAAAUGUAGCAUAUCGCAUGAUAAAGCUGCUUUCAUACUGGAUGAAUAUAAGUAUUUGUGAGCAAUGUGGUUGCUAAGGUGUGUGCUUACAGUGGAGCCUUUUGUGUGCCUAUAAUUCAGUUUAUGGUUUCAAACUUCUCCUGCAUAUCAUAUAAUGGUUUGGUUGCUGUAUAACAAAAGAAGGAAAACUUCACGAUAGUACAAGCUGUUUAAACACCUCAAAUGUUGUCAGAUAGCUAUCACGCCAUUCCAAAAAAAAAAAGUAA